AUGAUCGAUUGGGAUAAGCUAAAACGAGUUUGGACUAGCUUUAGUAUGAACCCGGAAAGACGACUUAAUCUACUUGCUACGUUACUUAAUACGGAACGAGAACGCAUUCAUCUUGUUGAACUUCAAGAAGAAUAUCUAGUUAAAAGCGGAUGA